ACCUCUAACUGUAUCUCACCCUGAAGUGUGUUACUAGGCUUUUAAAGCCGCGGGUUCUUAAACUGAAAAUGGGAGACUAAUAACCACCUCAUUUUCUUUUAAAUAAGGGUAGAAUGAGAUUAUGUUGCAAAGGUGCUCAACCCAACCAGAUACAUCGUAGGUGUCCAGUUAAACGGAGUUCCUAUUCACUUCCUUAGCAGCGCUGCAUUCUGACCCCUUUCCUAUUGCUCAGGACACGGACUCCACAGCCUUGAGAGUCAAAGGUUUUGUUCAUUCGAGCCCUUCAGUACCCAGACAGAGUCUCGCUGUGUAACCCAGGCUGGCGAUAUCGGCUUAUGGCAAGCUCUGCCUCCAGGUUCACGCCAUUCUCCUGCCUCGGCCUCUCAAGUAGGUGGAACUACAGGUGCCUGCCACCACGCCUGGCUAAUUUUUUGUAUUUUUAGUAGAGACGGGGUUUCGCCGUGUUAGCCAGGAUGGUCUCGAUCUCCUGACCUCGUGAUCUGCCCGUCUCGGCCUCCCAAAGUGCUGGGAUUACAGGCGUGAGCCACCGCGCCUGGCCACUUAUGCCUAUUUUCUACACAGGAAAGCAACAAUUAAGUAUAUCAUUAAAAGCCUGGGUAAAAUUUAACCUAUUUGUAUUUCAUUUUAAUAAUUAUUUCAGACCUGCACAUGCUGACUUUGUCUUGGUUGGUCGUGGACACUGGCUGACUGCUGGCCACUGUGAAACAUGAGGGUUACCAAGACCCUGAGAGCAGAGACUGUGUGGUCCAUUGUCAAAGAGCCAGGGGGACAUGGGGGAGGGUCACCAUGGGAAGUGACCACAGGCCAUGCAUGGUAGUGCACAGGUAUGACCAUCACAGAGGGAUGUGCCUCUAAGAAGGGUGCAUUCUGGGGGCAGGGAAAGGACAUAGAUGAGAGAGUUUCAACCCGUUCUUGAUAAAUGCUCAAUUAGAUUGGUUCCCCAAGGCAGCAUUUCAUGAACUGAAGUGCAGAGACACUUCAGCGGGCUCUGAGAGGGAAAAUAUUCCAUGGGUGAGAGAUGGAGAGAGGAGCAUCUGGAAUUGGGCAGCUGAACUUUGUAACAUGCUGCAGAGGUUUGGAGCCCAGGAGCAAUGAGCUGUACCAUUCAGCCAAGGUGUGUGUUUGGUUGUCGCCUCUGGAGGAAGCUAAGAAGGAAUGACCUAAAGGCAGAAGGGCAGUUAUUACUCAUGAUUGAUGCUCACGGGCCAAGCCUAAAUGGGUGGCACACUCCCCAUACCACACACAGAUACAAACAUUUGCCUGGCUCACAUGAACCGGGAUGAAGAUGCCAUUUCCACCUGGGAGAAGCCACGUGAUCAGGCCUUCUCAGCAGCCUCCACUGGUGUCAGGGGGAACAGGGCAUUUGGCUGUUGCUGGUCUGCCUUUCCAGGACUAGCAUCCAUGGAAGAUGGGGUCCAUCACCAACCUGGGAAGAUGUGGGAGGUGAGCGCCUCAUUCCAGAGCCAGAGGCUGUGGCGGCUUCCCCCUUCUAUCUUCAACCUAGGCUAAUGACAGCUGGCAGAUGCUUGGCCAUGAUGACAGGUCUUUUCGAAGAUGUAUUUUUACCCUCUGGACAAACAGCAGUUGGCAGGAGUGGGGCGUUUUUAUGAGUUGAGGUACUCAGGACUGGAAAAUAAACAGCCAGUUAAUGAGCCAGUCUUAUGGAAACUUGCACAAAUAAUAACAAAGAAAACAUCCCGUCCCUCGUGCCUGGGUGAGGGGAUAUAAAAGCUGCCGUCCAGCUGGCUGGCCACGGUCAGUCGUGGGGAACUCCGGCUGCGUUACUGACCUGUGAGCUGACAGGCCGGGACCAUGGGGUGCUGCCCGGGGGACUGCUUCACCUGCUGCACCCAGGAGCAAAACUGCUGUGAAGAGUGCUGCUGUCAGCCGGCCUGCUGUGGCUGCUGCGGCUCCUGCUGUGGCUGCGGGGGCUCUGGCUGCGGGGGCGGCUGCUGUGGAUCGUCCUGCUGUGGAUCUGGCUGCGGGGGUGGCUGCGGAGGCUGCGGAGGCUGCGGGGGUGGCUGCUGCGGAUCCAGUUGCUGUGGGUCCAGUUGCUGCGGCUCCGGGUGCUGUGGGCCUGUGUGCUGCCAGCCCACACCUGUAUGCGACACAAAAUGAAGACCUCCGCCACUGAUGUAGUCCCACCGAAAGCCUCCAUCUGCUCCAGGGCGACAGCCCCUCGUGUACAGAACCUUCCAUGCCCCCAAGACAGUGUCUUGCCUUUUUCUGAUUUGCAGAGGAGGGCUUGUUCUCCAACGCCUGCUUUGGUAUUUCAAGGCACUGAGAACAGGAGCCGUACUCUGAUGAAACAUUAAAACUGGGUCACAACAAAGUGACCCCAAGCUCAAGGGUGAAUCCCCAAUACUUAUUGAUUCACGUGAAGUUCAAUGUCUUGUACUAUAAGACAUCCUCUUCUUCAAGGUGUCUUUGGGACUGAUCCUUCACCCUGGCUUUCUGCUGCUUCUGAGAUGCAAAAAAGUCUACCUUCUUUGUGAUCCUCUUAAUAAAUUUGAGCAUGCUGGCAUAA